AUGAUAUCCGACAUCAGCGAGCCUGGUUUCAAAUACUUCUUGAACACUCCCUGUCAAACUUGGGAUGCUGUUCGAUACCAUGAAUCGUGGGAGGAUAACAACUUGGGCUUAGACAAGGCGACUCUAACGAGAAGUUUUCAUAAACAAUUAGAAAUUAUAAAAUCACAAGGCACAGAAGAGGAAAAGGAAAAUGCGAUACGUCUCGAGAACCAAUUCAAGCCACCCACUUUCGUCUCCGUAUUUCGCCUCUCCAAUACUACAGCUACCCAUGGAACUGCGUCUUCACAUGGUUAUGGACUGCGUCUCCGCUGUUGGCUACAGCUAACCAUGGAACUGCGUCUUCGCAUGGUUAUGGACUGCGUCUCCGCUGCUGAAUCUACGAAAACGGGACUAAUCGACAAUUUCUGGAUGAAACGUCGCAAUUUUAUGGAACACGAAAACAUGAAAGUUAACAGUACGUUUUUAUCUUGUAACGGAAUACAGAUCGGUUGUUUUGGUAAUAAUGUUCAGAAGCACAAACGAUCUUAUGAGAAUCUCGAACCAUCGGGUGUUGAAAUACCAACAAAAGGGGACAAUGUUAAUGUCCCAAAACGGAAAAAAAACAUCGAUGAUUAUUUCCCACGUAAUGUCACACAAGAAACUGUCAACAAUGAUGAUGAGCUGUCCGGCGUCACUUUAGUGAAUAUUCCUAAGAUUCCAGAUCAAUAUUACAAAGAUGGUUAUACUACACUAUCACCACGUAGCCCAGCAUUAAACAAUUCACUGGCAGAACCUCCAAUGCUCGUCGAUAGUAUCAACAAUCCAUUCUUGGAGAAAGAUGAGGUAGAUGAUGACAUCUUAAUAAUAGAUGAUAUUGAUGAUCUAUGCUUUAUGGACGGAAACCCAGCUGAUGGCUAUAAGAUAGAAGAGACCAAUGUAUCUCAUUUGUUCCGGAAGUAUCAGAAUAAUUCCAUAAAUAUUGCAAAAACUGAAGGUUUAUUUAUUGAGUCGAAUGUCCAUGAAAUACUUUCACUUUCAUCGAUUUUCCUGCUUAUCCCCGAUUCACACUCAAGAAAAAUGAUCGAUAUAUUUGGUUCUCCGCUAUUAGAUGAGAUUCACCAACAAAUUAUCCCAACACAGCAAACUGCAUUGGAUUCAGAGUGCGAAGCAAAGUUUAGGGAUGCAAUAAAGCGAGUAACAAAAGAAUCGUUUAGUCAUGCUACGGAUUGGUUGAUGACAGAACUUUCCAACAAUAAACCUUUGAAGGAUAAUAUGGGCUUUGUAAUCCUGGACUGUAUAAGAUCAUUACCUUUUACGAAGAUCAAAAAUGAUCCUAGUGAAAUGACAUUG